AUGGAGGCAACGCAGGACGAUAUUCGCGAGCGCAAGGAGCGCAAGAAAGUACAGAACCGGCUCAACCAGAGAGCGCGCAGAUCUCGCAUCAAGGAGGACAAGACGGACAAGAAGGCCGACCGCCCGUACGAGGUGGACCGCUGGCGGCUGCACUAUAGCAACGGCGAGGCCACGGAGAAGCAGCAGCUCGUCGUCCGCAAGGCCAGGCCGGACGCUGCUGACGAUGAUGAUGAGCCUCAAGCGCGAAGGGGCAUCGCGCCGGCGUCGACCAUCUUCGGGCCCUUCGUGGACCCCGUGGACAUGAGCGUGUGCAUCUGCUCGGCGCGCGCGGCCAUCAUCAAGACGUACUCGGCCAGCGUGUCGGCGGACCAGCUGCUCGAGCUGAUCCAGUUCAACGUCUUCCGCGCCCUCGUGGCCAACAAGUACUCCAUGUCGGGCAAGGCCCAGCACUACCGCGAGCCCGCGCGCGACGACGGGCCGCUCGUGCCGUACCUGGAGCAGACGUACCCGGGCAACGCCGUCUUCGUGCCCCUGUCGGCGGGGGAGCUGCCUGUCUCGCUGCUGCCGACGCAGCUGCAGAUCACGGUGCAGCACGCGACGUGGAUCGACCUGCUCCCGUUCCCGCGGAUGCGCGACAACCUCAUCCGGGCACAGCACCAGUUCGACCACGCCGAGCUUGUCAACGACGUGAUCGGGCAGCUCAUCGACCUCUCCCGGUUCUUCCGGCCCCAGCUCCUCGACAAGGGGUCGCGGUCAUCGUCCGGGGGGGAGGGUUCACCAGAGGAGGCGCAGGAGGACGAGGCGACGGCGCCUCCGCGGGGUGGGUUCAUCGUGUACGGCGCACCGCACCGGGUGGAGAGCUGGGAGGUGACGCCCGAGUUUGUGUGGAAAUGGGGAUGGACGCUGAUGGGGUGCCAGGAGCUGAUGCAGUCGACGAACCGGUGGAGGCGCAGUCGCGGGGAGUCAGCGCUGCCGAUGAUCAUCACUCGGCCGUGGCACAACAACAGCCUCGGACUGGCUGGGGUGAGUGCGUGA